ACUGAUCGUAUUGCAUAUGCUGGCUAUUCAAGUGAAACACAUACAAUAUGGACUCCUGAUGGUUAUGGGCUGACCAUAUUUCGAAUAAAAAACGCAACAGCAAAAAAUAUUGAUUCCCAAACAACCAAAUCCCAUGCCCCUGUCGUCCUCAUGAUGCACGGCCUGACGAGCUCCUCAGAUGUAUGGGUUAUACGUAAUCAUUCACAUAAUCUAGCUCUCGAAUUGAUUGAUCGUGGCUAUGAUGUUUGGUUGGGUAAUAGUCGUGGCAAUACCUAUGGCAGUCAACAUUUGAACUAUACCAUCAACGAUAGAGAAUUUUGGCGUUUCUCAUGGCAUGAACUGGGUACCAUAGAUUUACCCACAACAAUUGAUUAUAUACUAAAUGAAACUCAACAAACGGCAUUGCAUUAUAUCGGACAUUCUCAGGGUACAACAAUUGCAAUGGUCUUGUUGUCAACACAACCGGAAUAUAAUCAGAAAUUUAAAACUACCCAUAUGUUGGCACCCAUUAGCUAUAUGACAUCGGCACGAUCAUUUAGUAUGAAAAUAUUAUCGCCAUUUUUGGGUAAAUAUAGCCGUCUAAAUUCCAUAAUUGGGGAUAGGGAGAUAUUUGAACCGAAAAUUUUACGUUACAUAAUGGGUUUUGAAUGGUGUCGCCGCAAAGAGGCCAAUCCACGAUUUUGCUUAUUUCUAUCGGGAGAGUUCUUUGGUGGACGGUCAAGCUAUGUGAAAGAGUUCCUUUAUCCGGAAUUGUUUAAUACACAUCCCUCGCCGGCCUCCACGCAUCAGGCCAUACACUUUCUCCAGCUCUAUGUUUCGGGAAAAUUUCGUCGCUAUGAUUUUGGUAGCCAAGGGAAUAUGGAACGUUAUAAUCAAUCUACCCCGCCAGAUUAUGACCUAUCGAAAAUACAAACCCGUUUUCCAUUUCAUUUAUUUUAUAGUGAUUUUGAUGAUUAUUCAGCAAAAACGGAUGUUGAAAAACUCAGCGGCAUUUUGGGCGAUAGAUGUGUUAAACAUUUUAUUGAUUUGAAAGGAUUUUCCCACAUGGACUUUCCCAUGGCUCAUAAUGUUGAUAAUGUCAUCAAUCGCCAUAUUAUACGAAUUAUUAAUGAAGCGGAGGGGGAAUUGGAAGGUGGUGGUGUAAAUUAA